AUGAAGCAUGUUUGGAACUUUGGCCGCGCACUCGCAAUACUACUACUUAUGCAGGCAGUCAAGUGCCAGCAGAGCACGGACGGACCAGAAUUUGUGGACUAUACUUUGCUGAGUUUCCUGCAGGAUGUGCGUCAACUGCAACACUACGACCAGCUGGUAUUUGCACACAACCGAAAUGCGACCUUAGCACCGGCAUUCGGUGCACUGUCGCAGUUGGAGCUAACGGAACCAGAGGAAGUCGUGGACUUCAAGAACUUUCGUCUGACUACUAACCAGGAUUAUGAGGACCAAUUCGUACGCAAUGUGAUGACAGAACUUUCAGUGCCGCUCAUUCAUUUCAACGAGUUGAGCGCUAUACAGCUGAGGCAGCACUUUAGUACAGCGCUCUUGUUGGUGGUGUAUUUGGAGGAGUCACUUGCGGCACAGUCAGUGCUGUUCAAAGCAUUAGUGGCGAGUUUGAAGCAUAGAACCCACGCGAAUAUUUUAUUUUUAAUAAACAACGUCAACACUACGGCGAGCUGUGACCAGAUCUAUCUAAGUCAACUCUUUCAAUUUUGCUGGCAAAGUAAAAUGAUUAAUGUGGCAGCGUUAUGUGCUGACUAUAAGCGCACAAAGCAAUUCUACAGUUACACGCACUUUCCCGUAUUCUCAUUGGAGUAUAAGUCAUUAAGCAGCUUGCAGCUACACGAUGCGCCCGUCUUUCCCGAUCGCCUACGCAAUUUAAAUGGCUACAGACUGCCCUAUAUAAUAGGUGGCGCCGAUCCCCGCAUUAUUAUCUAUGAAUAUAAUGGACGGCGCAUUGUCGGCGGUUUCGUUGGUCACUUCCUCAGCAGCUUUUCAAAAAAAUACAAUUUUACAUUCUACGAACCGCUUCCCUCACCUUCGAAUACGAAAUUUGCACCCUCACAGGAUUUAAUUGCGGCUGUGCGCAACAAUACCGCUGAGAUUUCGGUUGCGCUAACCUUCCCGAAUAUACCGUACGAUGGUUUCUCCUACCCAUACGAGCAUGUGAAUUGGUGCGUUUGGACACCGGUGGAAGCGGAUAUACCGAAUUAUGACUUUUUCUGGAUCGUCUUCGAGGGUAUGACCUUCGCAUUGGCGCUCGGCGUUGUACUGCUCAUAUCCUUCGUGCUGAGUUGCGCGCUCUGGCAGCAUGGCAACAAACCGGACAUAUUGCGCUUCUUCGUGCACGAUGCCUGCUUGCGCGGCGUUCUGAGUCAGCCAUUUCGCGAGCUCGCACGCGCACCGUUCGUUAUACGUUUCAUUUAUCUGCAAAUAUGCGUGCUCGGUAUACUGCUGACCACUUCGUAUAAUGCUUACUUUGCCACCUAUUGGACGAGUGCACCUAAGGUGCCCCCAUAUCGCAACUUCGACGACAUACUCUAUUCGCAUAAAAAGGUUUACGUUUUUGCGCCCGAGUAUAUGGAGCUGAUUGCACGCGCAGCCGAUUUGCGAAAGUAUAUACCGAUGUUUCAUGUCGAAAGAGAUUAUCACAAUUACCUAGCGACACGUGACACUUUCGACACCAAAUACUUGUAUAUGAUACCAACGACUAAGUGGCGUAUUUACAGUGAACAGCAGAAAGUUUUCACCACACCUAUAUUUCGUAUGCGCACCGAUUUGUGUUUCUAUCAUAAUAUACCAAUGUGUUUCCCCAUUCAUACUAAUUCGAUAUUUUCGAUAAUAUUACGAGACAUGAUUUUCCAGACGGCUCAAGCGGGUCUAACCGAGUAUUGGAUGCGUGGUGGCUUUCUAGAGCUCAUCAGAGCCGGACGUUUGGGUUUCGAAGACUUGAGUCGUCGUAAUGAGUUUAGUGCCAUGGCAGUGGAGGAUAUGAAAUAUGUCUGGAUGGGUUAUGGCAUUGCUUGCGCUAUAAUAUAG